AUGCCGACAGCUACUACCACUUCGUCCGGCAAUGACCGCCAUGCGAGUGGGUCUAACUCAGCUUCACCAGCAUCCAUCGCAUCCAUGCAGCACCUCUUUCCUUUGACUAUGCCCUUCCCGAACCCCUUGACGGAUGAUGAUGUGAUCCCAUCUGGCGAUCUAGCGCUGGAACAAGAUCUGCUGCUGCAUUCGGACGAUCUACGAGCAUGGAGAGCGUACAUCACCCACGUCGAGACUUCCAACAUUCCCGUGCGAGAUACGAUCGCUUCCAAACUGAGCAACGAGCCCAUCUGGAACAGACCCGAUGCGAUUUGGAGCGCGGCUCAGGUGAAUUUGUUGGGACCUUUGAGCAACAAGGAGGCGAGAAUCGCGCUGAGACGCGUCGUUUGUGUGUACGAGAGGACAUUGGUCAAGUUUCCGCAGUGCUAUGCUGUCUGGUUGCAGUAUCUGCUCAGAAGGAGCAGCUUUAUCGCAGGCGAGCCAAAGGGAGGCAUAGAGGCUUGGAAGAAGAAGACGCUAGAAAGUGCUAGGCAGGCGCUAGAUGCCGGUCCUGCGCUGUUGGAGCAGCAAGAAGAGGAAGAGUGGGAGUGGAGAGAGGGCAAGGCUUUGGAUGGUAGAGUGGGUCACAGAGAGUGGGAGAGCUUGGCAGCUACGUUUGAAAGAGCAUUGAUGUGCUUGCCAAAGGUGAGUGCGCUACAAAGAUUGAGGCGAGAGAGAUCGUCUGCGCCCUUGGUGAGCAUGCUAAUCUCAUCUCGCUACGCACUCGCAACAUCGUUCAGAUGCCUCGAUUGUGGCUUCUUUACUUUUCCAUCCUCACCCACCCUCUCGCCCCAGUCACGCUUUCCCGAACGCAUACACGCCGCACCUUUGAUCGAGCUCUGCGAACGCUUCCUCCAUCACUGCAUCUACGCGUAUGGAAGCCUUAUCUGAGAUGGGCAGAGAGUGUAGGAGGAGAGACGUGUCUCAUGAUCUGGCGGAGGUAUCUCAGAGUAGAUCCUAGCUUGACAGAGAGGUACGUUGGCAUCUUGCUCAAGCAGAGACAAGAGGUGGAGGAAGAGUCUGCUGAGCAAGAAGAAGAGGAGGAGGACGAAGAGGUCAACGAGAGAAAGAUCCGGAGGAGCAGAGAAGCUUCCAAGUUGCUACUCAAGCUGGCCAAAGAAGCUCAGGAUGGCACAUACACCAGUCCAGAAGGCAAAAGCCCGUAUCAGCUCUUGAUCGAGUGGCUGGAACUGUGCGAGAAGCACGGAGAUGAGAUUGGUUUGGAUCACCAAGAAGAACAGGAUCUGCAAAACUAUGGCAAGGCCAGUGCCGAGGGCGCUGUUGCCGAGUCUAGUGCCGCUUCACUAGCGCAAAGGGGCGCCGUAAUCCGCGCAUCCGAUCUCGAUGCUCUGGACGCGAUGCCCAUACCUGUUGAUGGCAUUCUACGCGCACUCGGCAUCAACAAGUUUCCUGAUCAAGCGGGACGUCUGUGGACUGGCCUAGCGACGUAUUGGAUCCAGCGUGGGGAGCUAGAGGUCGCAAAAGGGACGUUCGAGGAAGGCAUUUCCAGCGUCGUCACUGUGCGAGACUUUACGCAGAUCUUCGAUGCGUAUGCAGAGACGAGCGAAAAUGUGAUCGGAUACCUCAUGGAAGAGUUGGGCGAAGAGCAAGAAGAUGAAGGGGAAGCGGAGGAGAGAAGGUUGAAAGAGCAAGAAUUGGACGAAAGGAUGCAGAACUUUGAGCUGCUCAUGGAGCGGAGACCUUUUUUAAUCAACGAGGUCCUGCUCAGGCGCAACCCAGACGAUGUGCAGGAGUGGGAAAAGAAAAUUGCCCUGCAGGGCAAUGAGGACGACAAGAUCGUAGACGUCUACAAUGAGGCUACGGCCACCAUCAACCCGCGAAAAGCCACGGCAAACUACCACCAGCUGUGGCUCAACUUUGCAAAGUUUUAUGAAGUGGGAGGCAGCAGUGAGGGAGAGGAGGGCGAGGCGGACCUGGAUAGCGCCAGGCUCGUCUUUGAAAGGGCGGUCAAGGUGAACUUCAAGCGGGUCGACGAUCUUGCAGAGGUGUGGUGCGAAUGGGCAGAGAUGGAAGUGCGAGCUGAGAAUUACGAAGCAGCACUUCGUGUCAUGUCUCGAGCCGCUUCGGCGCCCGUCAAAUCGAGCGAGAUCAAGCACAUUUCUUACCACGACGACGCGCUCAGCGCACAAAAGAGGCUCUUCAAGAGCACCAAGUUGUGGAGCUUCUACGUCGACCUGGAAGAGAGCAUCGGAACGGUCGAGGGAGCCAAAAGGGCGUACGAUAGGAUACUGGAGCUGAAGAUUGCCAACGCGCAAAUCAUCGUCAAUUACGCUAGCUUUUUGGAGGAGCACAAGUACUUUGAAGACGCUUUCAGGGUAUACGAAAGGGGAGUAGAGGCUUUUGGGUACCCCAUCGCUUUUGAGAUUUGGAACGUGUACAUCAGCAAAUUUGUCAAGCGAUACGUGAGUUGUGGUGUGGGCUGAGCGGGACACAAGUCGCGUGCUGUGUGGGUCCGCCUGACUCAGACACCUCCUUCGCUGUUCUUCGACAGGGCGGAAGCAAAAUCGAAAGAGCCAGGGAUCUGUUCGAACAAGCGCUCGAAUCUUGUCCUUCUAACUUUGCGAAGCCUCUGCUGCUCAAGUACGGAGCGUUGGAGGAGGAGCACGGACUAGCAAAGCGCGCACUGAGCAUCUAUGAACGCGCAACGCAAAAGGUGUCGGAUGAGGACAGGUUUGAUGUGAGUUGUUCUGGACUCGGCGCACCUGUGAGAGGUGCUGCGAUAUGCAAGCAUCUGUAGACGAAGUGUAAGCUCACAUUGCUUUGCUCGCCGAAUUGGAAUCGUCCUACGCAGAUGUUCACGUUCUACAUUGCCAAGGCAGCGGCCAACUUUGGUUUGGCGGCUACCAGAUCGAUCUACGAGCGAGCGAUCGAAGUGUUGCCGGACAAGCAAACGGCGGAAAUGUGCCUGCGAUUUGCUGCUCUCGAGAGGAAAUUGGGAGAGAUCGAUAGAGCUAGAGCUAUCUAUGCCCAUGCUAGCCAAUUCUGCGACCCGCGAGUGAGUUGGACAGGUGUCUCCUUUUUUGCCGUCGAAGAGUCUCUCAAUCCUGAUAUGGUUCCUUGCACAUUUCUACUCUCGGCGUUUCAGACCAGACCCGAUUUCUGGUCAGAGUGGAACAAGUUCGAAAUCGAGACUGGCUCAGAAGACACGUUCCGGGAGAUGCGUGAGUGUCGUGCAGCUAUGAAGCCUUCGACUGUCCCGCUGCGCUCAUCAGGUGGACUCGACUGACACCAAAUUUGGCUUGAUGUAAUACCGCCUUCCCAUGCUUUCGCAGUGCGCAUAAAGCGAGCAGUGCAAGCUCAGUUCAACACCGACGUCUCCUACAUUGCCGCAUCGGCCGCGCUCUCGGCUGCAGCAGGUGCCGCCGAAGCGCAAGGAGCGGCAGGAGAGGAAGACGAGGAAGAUGAUCCAAUGGCUAGAGCAGAGGCUGCUUCUAGGAAAAGAGCUGGUGCGGCCACUAUUGGCAGCGCAGGCGGACCAGUUUUUGUUGCUGCUACCACCACCGGACAGGUCAGGAGCGAGGAUCAGGCGAAGAACAAGGAACAGAUUGGUGGGGAUGACGAUGAUGAUGAUCUGCUAUGA